GCUUCAGCUCAUAAUCCCCUAAAGUAAUUAGAGCAAUGGUUGUCGGAUCAAACGCCUACAUAGUCCGGCCCGCCAACAAUGUCGAAGAAGCAUCCGCCUUAUGGUGUCCCUUAAUACAAGAGCUAGGCUGGAACCGCGCCGCCACCGACCUCCCCGCACACUACCGUGCCGCCUCUUCGGGUCAAACCUUCCUCGUCCUAAUCCACGCCUCAACUUCGCAGGCCGAAGGCUGCAUUGUGCCCCUUACGUACCCCAAUGGCACGGGCUGGGUUGGAUUCUUCCUCAUGAACGCCGCCUUCCGCGGUCGAGGGUUGGGCGCCGCGCUAUGGAAAGAGAUGGAAGAGUGUUUCGCCGAAAGUGGGACGAGGGUAGUUGGGCUUGAUGCCGUGCGAGAACAGGUGGAGAGAUAUAAGAAGAGUGGGUUCAAGGAGCAGGGGAGUGUGCAUGUCAUGACGAGGGAGUCACUGAAGACUGCGCCGCUACCACCACUCGACGGCGAUGAUGCGGGUACCGACACCAUCAGGGAUAUCAGGUCGGUUGAUGCUGCGCUCCUUGCGCAACUCGAUCUCGCGCACACAGGCCUUGAUCGCACCGCGUAUUGGUCGAAAGACGGUCUCCUUGCACAGGGCGAUACAUCGGGCUUCGUCAUACUCUCCUCCUCUCCCUCAAGUCCUACUCCAGAACUCGAAGGCUUAAUCCUCAUCCGCCCCUGCCCAUCUGGCCACCGCAUCGGCCCCCUCUACGCUACCUCUACGCAGCAAGCUUGCAUACUUCUUCGUGCCGCCAUGUCCAAACUCGCAGACUCGGAGGGUAGCCUAGUCGCCGAAGUCUUUGGCAUGAAUUCUGAGGCGAGGGGCGUGUUUGAAGAUCUCGGCUGGGAGGCAGUAGACGUGUAUACGAGGAUGUGGCUUGGAGGACGGGUACCAAGUGAGCAGAGUGAGGGCGGGAGGGGGACGCAGGGUAUGUUUGCUGUGUUUGAUGCGGGGGCAGGGUGAGUGUUGAAACAGAAAAUGGUGGGAGGCGCGUGGUCUGAGGAAGAUGGAAGGGCAGCAAAUUCCAUGUAGCAAAUGCAGAAGUCUGUUACUAAAACAUACUUGUCAGAAUGAGUUGAGCAUCACGGCUAGCAGCA